AUGGCGACCAGCCCGCUGCCCGGACCCACAGAUAUCUUGCUGCCGUCGCCGUCCAGCGCGUACCCGCCGGACCCCAUGAACCAGCCGAGGGCCGGCCACGCUGCCAUGAAGCCCAACCAGGUGGGGCAGGUGAUCCUCUACGGCAUCCCGAUCGUCUCCCUGGUGAUCGACGGGCAGGAGAGGCUGUGCCUGGCGCAGAUCUCCAAUACCCUCCUCAAAAACUUCAGCUACAACGAGAUCCACAACCGGCGGGUGGCCCUGGGCAUCACCUGCGUGCAGUGCACGCCGGUGCAGCUGGAGAUCCUGCGGAGGGCCGGGGCCAUGCCCAUCUCCUCCCGCCGCUGCGGCAUGAUCACCAAGAGGGAGGCGGAGCGGCUCUGCAAGUCCUUCUUGGGGGAGAACCGGCCCCCCAAAUUGCCGGAUAACUUCGCCUUCGACGUAUCCCACGAGUGCGCCUGGGGAUGCCGCGGGAGCUUCAUCCCGGCCCGCUACAACAGCUCCCGGGCCAAGUGCAUCAAGUGCAGCUACUGCAGCAUGUACUUCUCGCCCAACAAGUUCAUCUUCCACUCCCACCGCACACCCGACGCCAAGUACACCCAGCCCGACGCCGCCAACUUCAACUCCUGGCGCCGCCACCUGAAGCUGACCGACAAGAGCCCCCAGGAUGAGCUGGUCUUCGCCUGGGAGGAUGUCAAGGCCAUGUUCAACGGCGGCAGCCGCAAGCGAGCCCUGCCGCCCGCCCCGCCGGCCCCCGCCGCCGCCGCCCCCGCCGCCUGCCACCCGCUGGGCUCGGUGAAGGCGGCGGCGGUGGUGGGCGGCGGGCUGCUGAGCCCGCACCUCCUGGCCGCCCCUCCCGACCUGCACCAGAAGCGGCCGCGCUUCGAGGAGGACGAGGAGCUGCAGGAGGCGGUGGCGGCGGCGCACGGCGGCAAGAGCCCGAGGAGCUACCCCGUCAUCCCCGUGCCCAGCAAAGGCUCCUUCGGCGGCAUGCUCCAGAAGUUCCCCGGCUGCGGCGGGCUCUUCCCGCACCCCUACGGCUUCCCCGCCGCCGCCUUCGGGCUCUGCCACAAGAAGGAGGAGGGCGGCGGCGGCGAUGCCCUCGGCGGGGCGGCCGCGCACAAGGCCGCCGGGGCGGCGGCGGCGGGCGGAGGGCUCUCGGGGCUCUUCUGGCCUGGCAGGAAGGAUGCCGCCUUCUACCCGCCCUUCUGCAUGUUCUGGCCGCCGCGCACCCCGGGCGGGCUGCCGGUGCCCACCUACCUGCAGCCGCCGCCGCAGCCCCCCGGCGCCCUGGGAUGCUCGCUGGGGGGGGACGGGGCGGGUCUGCUGCGCCAGGCUUUCCUGGACCUGUCGGAGCCCGGAGGCGAGGCGGGGCCGGCGGGGCUGGGGUCGGGGCCGGCGGGGCUGGGGACACCGCCCGCCUCCGCCCCCCCGUCCGCGCCCGCCGCCGCCGCCGCCGCCCGGGACCCGCUGUUCGAGUCGCCCCCCGGUGGCAGCGCCGAGCCCGCCUCGCCCGCCGCUUCCGACGGGGGCAGCGGCGGCGGCGGCGGCGGGCGGGUCCCCCCGCACCACCCGCACCUGCUGGAGGCGGCGGGCGGGCGCAAGGCGGGCGGAGGAUACCACCACUCCAGCGCCUUCCGCCCGGUGGGCGGCAAGGAGGACUCGGAGAGCCUGGCCAAGCUGCACGGCGGUGGCGGCGGCGGUCCCCCGCGCUCCGCCUCGCCGCUGCAGCUUCUGCUGCCGCCGCCGCCGCCGCCGCCCCCCGAGGAUGCGGGAUGCGAGAGGCACCCGCAUCCUCCGCACGCCGCGCACCGCCUCCUCUCCCCCGGAGGCACGAGCUGCAGCUUCGCCAGCGAAGAGAGCAGCGAGGAGGAGGAGGACGAGGAGGAGGAAGACGAGCCCGAGGUGGACGUCGAGGGGCACAAGCCCCCCGAGGAGGAAGAAGAAGAUGAGGAGGAGGAGGCCGAGGAAGAGCCCCGCGGAGGAGACCCCUUGGCGGCCGGCGGCCGCUUUCCACCCGCCCGGGGGCUGCCGGAGAAGGGCGGCCGGGAGCGCCCCGCCGCUGGCCCCUUCCCCCGUCCGCCCGUCGAGGAGAAGCCGGGGGAUGGUCAAGUCCCACUGCAGCCGCCUGCUGGGGCCCCGCGGGCGGGCAGCGGCGGCAGCAGCCCGGUACAUCACCCGGCGCCCGAGGAGCAGCCCCUCUACAAAGAUAAUCAGAAGAGCAAGGAGAGUAAUCAGGUCAUCCUGCCUACGAAAGAGGACACCUUCUCAGAUAAGAACAAGGAGCAUAAUUUUUUCAUCACAGAUUCAGAGCCUUCAGGAGGAGACUUCUGGAGAGAUAUAGCAGGAGAACACACACAAGAAACCAGUUCACCUCAUUCUCUGAAGAAGGAUGUGGAAAACAUGGGGAAAGAGGAGCUCCAGAAGGUUCUGUUUGAGCAGAUCGACCUACGGAGGAGGCUGGAACAGGAAUUCCAGGUGUUGAAAGGAAGCGCAUCUUUCCCAGUCUUCAAUAAUUUUCAAGAUCAGAUGAAGCGGGAACUGGCGUACAGAGAAGAAAUGGUGCAGCAGCUACAAAUUAUUCCCUAUGCAGCAAGCUUGAUCAGGAAAGAAAAGCUCGGUGCACACCUCAGCAAAAGCUAA